AUGGGAUUCAGUCAAAAAAUACUCAUGGUGGAUGGUGCUGUGCCUUCUAAAUUUCACUGUCAAGAAGAUCGUGCGAAGAAUAAAAUAAAUGUAAGAAAAGAUUUAAAUAUAGACAGUAAGAAAAAGUUUGUUCAGAAAAACUGGGAACAUCUUCAUCAAUAUCAAGAAGUCGAUGGUAUAGAAACACUAGAAAUUAUCCCCCAGACCGAAAGUGAUGCGUUGAUCGAAGUUCAUCCAUGCGAUGAGUACAACAGAGAGAAAGAGAAGGAGGCUCUGCAGACAAGUAAAAAUGAUGCCAUGGAAAUCAUUCAGUUCUCAUACUCUUCGUCCACGGACAGUGCACAGAGCGAAGCAGACGUCUAUGAUGUGAGGACAUGUACGCUCAAAAGGCACGAGUCGAUAGACGAACCGUCUACGUCAGAGAUCUUUGCCCCGAUACAGUACAACGAUUUGGACACCGUAAAGGCACUGGACUUGGACGAUGAAUUAGAAUCAGUAAUCAGUAAUUUAGAACGAGAGGGACGAAUUAAGAAGCCACUGCAGGAGAAUACUGAAAUUCUACCUGGGAUAAGGCGACACGAGGAGAUCAUAGAACAGCAUAAGUGUGACGCGAUCAUAGCCAACGUGUACCACUUCCUGAAGCAAGAGUACGAGAUGCUGAAGCGUCUAUUGAAAAUAAAGUAUGACGUGGGCGGUCUGUCGAACAUCCUCCAGCGAACUGCAGCCGCCACUAACGUCUCAAAACGAACCGUCAUUAGCGCGCUGCAAGCUCACAAAAUUAACACGGCCAUCAGCUUUGAUCACAUCUACGAACGAGAGUACUCCAGAUUAAAUUUAAUUCUCAGAAAGGCUAUGAUGGCCACCAAGGCACGACGUUUGGGCAGAAGGGGUAGAAAAAACAAACGGCUUUUAAACAAACAAACGGAUGAUGAGAGUGAUGGCGUGAGACCUCCCAAACGAAGAUUAACUGCCACUAGCGUUGGAUCUACAUCCAGUAAUGAAAAACAAUUACCGUUAAAUGCUGUGUACAGUUACAAUACACAAAGAACGAUUGACAUAAGCCAAGCAAACAACAACAACGGCGCAAACAACAACAACGGGAUAAACAACAACGAAGAUGAUGAUGGAAUUGAUGGCGAGUGGUUGACACCUCCCAAAGAACUGAAGACGAAAAACAUCUUUCGGACAGCAUCCGAUGAUCAACAAGUUCCGUUCCCGUCCCCUAUACAGUUCAGACUGCCAGGGCUGAUGGCAGAGUAUAAGAGCGAAAUGGCUGAUGAAUACCCAUCGAUGCUAGAAUAUGAUCCACUUGAGACAGAGUCAAGCUCAAUAGCUCUGGAGGAGCCAUCUUACCCACCUGAUGCGGCUCAGGUUGAGGUGAAGUUAAAACCUGCGAACGGGGAGUCAAGCUCUACAGCUCUGGAGGUGCUAUCUGACCCACCUGAGGGAGCUCAGGUUGAAGUGAAGUUAGAACCUGUGGACGAGGAAGCGGAUAUCUGUACAGAUUAUUCGGUGUGUGACAUGACGCCCCUCGACAUCAAACCUGAACCACCUUCCGAAUGA